AUAAACAAAAAUAAAACCAUUGGGAAGCUGCUUCGCUUCACUGCUGAAGCCCAGCUGUUUAAUAAAGCUUGGCAUUUGCUUCUACUGUGCUUUUAUUUCUAUUCACUCGGGACGGAGGAUGUCUUUCCCCUCCUCUUUCGGUUCGCAGGUCGCGGCCAUCAUGGAUGUGUUAGCGAAAGCUGCGGUCGCCGAAAUAACGAAGCUGGUGGAGGACGGUAAUGUGAUGCUGCGCCUGGAGAUGUGUCGGAGGGACACCGAGAUUCAGGAGCUCAAAACGAGUUUGAAGCUGAUGGAGGUUGAGCUCUGCAACGCUCAGGAAGCCGCCGCGACCCGAGCUACGGAGGAAAAGCCGGAACAAACAGCCGGGAAUCAGGUACCGCGAACAGAUAAAAAAGAAGAUGAGGAAACAUGCGCAGUGUAUCUGGAACCAAAGUCUGCUCAUUCACUGUGCCAGCCCGGCCAUGGAACAGAGGAGAGCCAUGACGUGAGCCCAGCGGUGAAACGCGAGCCCGCCGAUGAACUCGCCACACAGGAAAUGGCAGACAACACUGGAACAGCAGACAACACUGGAUCAGCAGACGUUUGCUUUGAGCUGGGAGAGCCAGAUGACCUGAUCUGGCCUCCAACUACUUGUAGCAUGUUUGAGAAAAGCUCUGUUGCAAUGCAGCCGCACAUAUCGCUUUUCUCCCCUCAUGCUGAGCAAUAUGCCGCUCCUAGAAAUACAGAAAGCCAAUAUAACUCUUCAUCAGCCGCAGUAGAGGGAAUUGCAGAUGAUUCCUUGAGUGUGCCGAUAAAAGUAGAGGUAGAGAUUCACCCCAUGUGCAUGGGAAGUACCACUUUAGAGUCCGUUCCUAAUGAACAGUUCAGGCGUGCUUCACACCCUGCAGUCAGUCAGGACCCGAGCUCGCAACAGGCUGGGCCAUCACUAGCCCCGCCCCAUCCACAGAGGGCCACAGCAGCCAGUUUAGGAUCACACACAGAGGAUCACAUCCUCAAUAGAAACCACCUGAGAGCGAAAAGGCUAAUGAACGUUUGGAGAACCAAUCAGAAACUGUUCAUCUGCUCGGUCUGCAACAGGGGUUUCCCUCGCAUGACUCAGCUCGAAGAACACAAGGCCUCCCACCAACUUUUUAAACCUUUCAGGUGCCUCGAAUGCGGGAAAUCGUUCACCCAGAAGACCCGGCUGAAGACGCACCAGAGCGUGCACACAGGGGAGAGGCCGUUCAGUUGCAAAAUCUGCGGCAAGAUGUUUUCCAGGCAGGACAACUGCCUGAGGCACGAGCGCUUCCACAGCGGGCUGAAGCCGCACAGCUGCGGACAGUGUGGCAAAAGCUUCACUGUGCUGGGUAACCUCAAAAUCCAUCAAGAGAUUCACCUGCAAGGCAGAUAGCACUUAGAAGACAAUUGGCCCGGUGUGCUUUGACAGUUUGAAUGCAUUGAAUGCAACCAUCCAAUGUAUACUAGGGUUGUAAAAUCAUCAUUUUUUUUUAAUCACAAUACCAUGUUAUAUUAAUUCUUUGGACAACAACAGGAUAUUUGCUGAUACCUUAAACGUCUGUCACUGUACGAUUUUGAUUCAAUUCAGGGGCCUGCUAUCGAUAUGAGACAAUAUGAUUAAAGGUCCCAUGGCAUGAAAAUGUCACUUUAUGAGUUUUUUUAACAUUAAUAUG